UUUCGUCGAUUGCGCGAUUCCCCCACUUGCGACUGGCCGCGCCGCAGAAGCAAGGAAAUUUUCGCCGUGAUUGAACGUUCCGUUCGGGUUCCAGCGGGCAACUCCGAAAAAAAUCUAGUGUCCGCGAAAGCCGCCGUGUACCGCCGUCGCGUGUGUGCAGAAAUUGUGUUCCUUUUCGGAGGGAUUCUGAAAGAAAGAAGUUUUUUUAGUGGAUGUGAAAAAAGUGGUUCCUCCUUGAGAGGUGAAGUUCUUUCCCCGCGGAGGCCAAGUGCAAUAAAAGAAAAUAAACCAGGAAGAAGCCAGGUCGGUGUGGCUUACGACGACGUCGGUGACGGCACUCCGUUUAGAGGUGGUGUUUCAGGAAAAAUCUAGAAGAAAGUUUGAAGUUUGUUCCGGCAAGGUCCGGGAACCGGAAGUAUUUGAAGCUUGACGGGGAAAAGGAGGAGGAAGAUGAAUUUCUACAAAAACAAACUGCUGCAGGCGGGCCAGCUGAAGAAGCUCGGCGAGCACAAGUAUUCCUGCACCAGCGUGAGCCUGCUGGAUCCGAUUCUGCAGCCGUGGUGGUGCUGGCUCGUGGCCAGGGUCCCGCUCUGGCUCGCCCCAAACCUGAUCACGAUCGUGGGACUGGCGGUCAACAUACUGACCACGCUGAUCCUCAUCUACUACAGUCCAGAUGGCCGCUCGGAACCGCCCCGGUGGGCGAGUGCCCUGUGCGCGCUCGGCCUGUUUGUGUACCAAAGUUUGGACGCCAUCGACGGCAAGCAGGCCCGGCGGACAAACUCGUCGACGCCCCUCGGGGAGCUGUUCGACCACGGCUGUGACUCGAUCUCGACCGUGUUUGUGGCGCUUUCGGCGUGCAUCUCCGUCCAGCUGGGCUUCUACCCGCGGUGGAUGUUCUUCCAGUGCUUUUGCGCGAUGACCCUGUUCUACUGUGCCCACUGGCAGACGUACGUGUCGGGCACGUUGCGAUUUGGGAAGAUAGACGUGACGGAGGCGCAGUGCACGAUCAUCGCGAUUCACCUCAUAUCGGCCGUCUUUGGGCCCGGGAUCUGGAUGACGAAAAUUGUGGGCGACUUCGAGCUGUGGAACUCAAUGUCCGUGAUGACGAUCGUCUGCGGCAGCUGGGCCCUGCUGCAGUUCUUUGCGGUGAUACAGGCCGGCGGAGUGGGCAAAAACGGAUCAACCGUGGCCAUGCCGCUAAUCGGGCUCACGUGGAACUACACGGUGAACGCGUUCUUCUCGCUCGGCUAUCUGCAGGUGUUUGUCACCUUCUGCCGGACGUUCCGGGAGGGUGGCGUCGGUAAAAAUGGCUCAACCGUUGCUAUCGGUGGCGUCGACGUGAAGAUACUGCCACUGUACUUUGCCGUGUUUGUGUUUGGGCUGCUAGCAUUUCAGAACGCGUCGGUAAUCUUCACCGGGGGCGUGGGCAAGAAUGGAUCAACCGUGGCCGGAACCAGCGUGCUGUCCCCCAUCAUACCGUUUCUGUUUGUAGUGGUCCCGGCGUACGUAAUUUCCCAGAAAUCACCCGACCACAUCUACGAGAACCAUCCGGCGCUGUACAUCAUGGCGUUCGGCAUGAUCACCGCCAAGGUCACCAACCGGUUAGUGGUCGCCCACAUGACCAAAAGCGAAAUGGAGUACCUGGACUGGGGCCUGAUCGGGCCGCUGUGUCUGUUCCUGAACCAGUACUUUAACUGCUUCCUCAGCGAGUACUGGGUGCUGUGGUUCGCGAUGCUCUGGUGCACCUUUGACCUGAUCCGGUACUGCGGGCAGGUCUGUCUCGAAAUCUGCGCCUACCUGAAGAUCGAGCUGUUCCGGAUCCCGUACCCGCCGAAGCCGCUCAUGACGUCACAAGGUACGAACCCUCAGCAGCAGCAUCAACACCACCACCACCACCACCAUCACGAAACCCGAAACGGAACUAGUAGUACGAAUCAGCAGCAACAGGGCCAACAGUCCCAACAGCAGGCAAAUCGAAAGCAAACGCGCGCUAGCAGUAGAAAGCAUAACAGCUCGUCGCAGCACCAAUAACGCGGCGUCGAUUAGGGUGGUUCAGGUUCUUUUUCCUUUUUGUUGUUUUGAGGGAGAGGACUUUUGGUGAGGCAUAAAAACGCGGGAAAUUUUUUUUUGAUUGUCAGUUAGCCGGUACCAAAAAUCAGAUAACCCCGCGGAGAGUGUGUACUACUAGAAACGUAAUAAUUUGUGAGAAUUAAAUAAAAAAAAAGUUAUAACGUGUAUCUUAGCGGUUUUAAAAACGGUACAUUACAAUAUACACUGAGAAAUAUGAAACACUCAACCAGACAGGUAUUUAAGAUUAGAGCCCGCUGCUUUUAGGCAAAUUUAGGAUUGCAAAGUAGGCGGUCAGACUUAUUUAGUAGUUUGAAGUUUGCAGCGCGUUACCGAGUCGACGCAACGGUUACUAAGCAACAGUGUGGAGAGUGAUGUCAAACAGAAUCGUCCACCGAGAUCGUAUCUCCCUAAGUAGGCCAAAUUAGCAAAGCUUUUGUAGAUCGGGAACCAACAGUUCACAAUUUAGAGGAGAAGAAAGCAGGCGCUGUACAGUGCGAUUGCUGUAAAUUUGCUAAAUCAAAGUCGCCAUUGUCUUUUGAAAUCUAACGCCCCCUUCGCCUUUUCAAGCUGUUCGUGACUAAUUUACGCGAAUCUUCUCUCUUUUGUGCACUAAACAAACCAAUCCAAGCAAGCGUCCGAGAAGAACGCGCAAUCUAGUAACUUGUGAAUGUCAGUCAGAAUCAGUUAGUUGUCGUCGUCGUCGUCGUUGUCCGGUUUUUCGAUGUUUAUGUUGUCGUGUACUGACCACAACCUGGAACUACGCCCCCUCCCUCCU